AUGUCUUCCAACACAUCUACCUCAGGUUUUCCAACUUCUCCGUCUACAACUGCACCUCUCACGAUUACUGCCAGCACCUCACUUGAGUCUCCAAUAGACAACUUUAUAACUGGAAUCAUAUCGGCUGUGACAAAGGAAAACAACCCUCUCUCGCUGUGUGGGAAUUGUGAGGAGGGUGCUUCGGCAUUUUCGAAAUGCCUAGAGUGUAGUGAUUUGUUAUGUGAUACCUGUGUUAGUGCCCAUCAACGUGUUCGUCUUACCAAAGACCACAAAAUCUCGAGGUUCUCCAGCGUCAUUACUCCACCGCAUACCUCGCACACCUCCAGCGCUGGAUCUAUAGGAUCCACGAGUCCGUGCAACGUUACAAGCAAUUUGUGUGAUAGCCACCGCGAGCCCCACCGAUAUUUUUGUCAAACAUGCCACAUGCCCAGCUGCGCGGACUGUCUCAUGGAGGACCAUUCCGGCCACCAGCUGGUCUACAUGGAGGACGCCGUCGAAGCGGCCAAAACGACCAACCACAGGCUGAACAUGGAGACCAGGUCUGCUAUGAUCACCAUACGGCAAGCCUUCGACAACGUGCAACGAAUGCUAGGAAAUGUUGAGCUUAGGUCCAUCCAGGCAGCGACGGAAGUUCGCGGUGUUAUGAGAAGGUACAUUGGCGCCCUGGAAGAGCGCGAAAUGGAGCUUCUAAAAAUCAUCGAUCAAUCCCGCUACUUCAAAGGAAAACUGCUGACGACCCAAAUGGACAACCUCCGCAUGGCCCUCUCCAAGCUAGCCCGUACCUUCGACCUGCUCAACGAGUCCAAAGAUUCCACCAACGCCUACGAGCUGAUCGUGGCAAACGAGAAAGCCGCCAACGAGCUGAAGCAGAUCCGUUCCUUAAAGUCGGAACUGGUGCCCUGCGAAGACGACGUUAUAAUGUUCCUACCGCCAGACAAUGGCUUCCUGAGUGCAAUAUCUUCCAUCGGAAGUGUAACUAUAAGUUCGCCAGUCAUGUCUUCCAAAGUUGUGGCGACUCACCCUUUAAAAGAGCCUCAAAUCGUCGUCAACAUUCCCAGCGAAGUAAAAGAAGAGUCCGACAUAUUCCACCCCAAGAGGAAUCGUCCGAUAUACGGUGUCACCAAACCCGUGAUGGUUAUGAAAACCGCACAGUUCCCUUCGCUGACGUUUGGCAUGGAAGGCGAGCAGGACGGCCAGUUGUGCCGUCCCUGGGGCGUAUGUUGCGACCGCUUAGGGCAUAUAAUCGUCGCCGAUCGAAGCAACAACAGAAUUCAAGUUUUUGACGGUAACGGGAAAUUUUUGUACAAAUUCGGUAGUCAGGGAACUGGUCCGAGCCAGUUUGAUCGACCCGCCGGAGUUGCGGUAAAUCCCCAAGGCAAUAUCGUGGUGGCGGAUAAAGAUAACCACCGCAUACAAGUGUUCAAAAUUGAUGGGUCCUUUAUACACACGUUUGGCGAAAAAGGCACAAUGAAUGGGCAAUUUAAUUAUCCAUGGGACGUAGCUUGCAACUCUCUCGGUCACAUCGUCGUCUCGGACACCAGAAACCACCGCAUACAGCUCUUCACAAGCGACGGCACUUUCCUCAACAAAUAUGGCUUUGAAGGGUCCAUAUCAAUGUGGAAACAUUUCGAUUCACCGAGAGGUGUCUGUUUUACACCGAAAGGCAACAUCAUCGUUACCGAUUUCAACAACCACCGAUUAGUUGUAGUCGAUGCGAAUUUUAUGCAAGCUCAAUUCUUAGGUCAGGAGGGGUCUAACAGCAAAGAAUUUUUGAGGCCCCAAGGUAUCGUGUGCGAUGAUGAGGGUAAUAUAAUCGUAGCCGAUUCCAGGAACAACAGGAUUCAGGUGUUCGAGAGCAACGGCAACUAUUUGUGGAAAACGGGGCAGAACGGCAAAAUGGCCAACGAGCUUGACAGGCCUAGCGGCAUAUGUUUGAAUCCUGAGGGCCACAUAGUAGUUGUCGAUUUCGGCAACAACCGAGUUCGUAUCUUUUGA